AUGGCAGGUGAACUUCUCCAGCCUUGUGGAAUGAAGCUGGUGCAUCUCGGUGAAGCUGCUCUGGACAUUCUGAUGCAAGGGGCCCAUAACAGCACUGACGGUGCCCAAGACAAUGUGUGCGGAGCCAUGGCCACACUACUGCUGCUGUUACUCUGCCUGCUGCUGGCCAUCAGACAACAUUGGACAAAGAAAGACCAUGUGCCAGGUCGGUCAUCUGCUGUGCAUCAUGUGUUGAGGAGAUCUCUGUACACCUCACGCUUUGGGAGCAAACUGGGUCUGCAGUGUAUUGGGAUGCAUGAACAAGGCAUCAUAUUCAACUCAAAUGUGGAACUCUGGAAGAAAGUCCGCACCUUUUAUGCAAAAGCUCUAACAGGUCCAGGGCUUCAGAGAACUUUGGAGAUUUGCACCACUUCCACAAACACACACCUGGAUGAUCUCUCUCACCUGACAGAUGCUCAGGGACAGGUGGACAUCCUUAACUUACUGCGGUGCAUUGUAGUGGACAUUUCCAACAGACUGUUUCUAGGAGUCCCUCUCAAAG